AUGUCCACCACCAAAGCAGCUUACAAACAAGCUCUAAAAUCAAUAAACACCGCAUUCAAAAACGAUACACCAAUACUUACCGCCGCCAAGCAACAAAUCAGACAACAAAUUUUUGCUAAUCGAUUCAUUACCGACAAGACCGAAUUAAAUGACGCUAUAACCAAACUCAACGAAGUAUCCAAGUUCUUGUUACAGAAUAUCGUACAGGGAGAGUUGAAAGAUGAUGGUCGUUAUUUUUUAAAGUUUCAUGAAAAGACAGAGUUGGGUGAUAAUGAAACGAUAAAACAAUCGAAAUCGGAAAUGGGAUCUCUUAGUGGAGCAAAGGGAAGUAGGAUAAGAGCAAAGAAAUGUGGGGAAUGA